AUGGAUCACAGGGCGAAGCGGGUGGCGGUCGUGGGCGCCGGCACGAGCGGCCUGGCGGCGUGCAAGCACCUCCUGGCGCGCGGCUUCCGGCCGGUGGUGUUCGAGGCCGGGGACUCCGUGGGCGGGCUGUGGACGCACACGCUCGCCUCCACCAGGCUCCAGUCCCCCGCCGUCGCGUACCGCUACUCCGACUUCCCUUGGCCGGACUCCGCCGACGUGUUCCCGCGCCACGACCAGGUUGUUGACUACCUCGCCGCCUACGCGCGCCGCUUCGGCGUCGAAGAGUGCGUCAGGUUCAGGAGCACCGUCGUCUCCGCGGAGUACGUCGGCGCCCAGCCGGAGGACGCGGCGGACGGGUGGGAGCGGUGGGCUGGCAACGGCGAGGCGUUCGGCGAUGGCACGGGCGUGUGGCGCCUCACCGUGCGCCAACACGGCGCCAGCGAGAAGGAGCCGGAGACGGAGAUGCACGAGUUCGACUUUCUGAUCCUCUGCAUCGGCAGGGUUAGCGGCGUGCCCAACAUACCGUCGUCGUUCCCGGCCAACGGCGGCCCAGAGGCGUUUCGGGGGCAGGUGCUCCACUCCAUGGAGCUCUCCAACAUGGACGACGCGGACGCCGCUGCGCUGGUGAAGGGCAAGCGCGUGGCCGUCGUGGGCGCCGGCAAGACGGCCUACGAAAUCGCCACGGAGUGCGCAGAGGCCAACGGCGCCGGCCUGCCGUGCACUAUGGUGUGCCGGAACCCGCAGAUGCUGCUGAACCGCCCGGACGUGUGGGGCAAGGUCAGCAUCGCGUACCUCUACAUGAACCGCUUCGCCGAGCUCAUGGUCCCCAAGCCUGGCGCCGGCGCCGCCUCCCACCUCCUCGCCGCGCUGCUCGCGCCGCUGGCCUGGGCGAUAUCGGCGGCGACGGGGGCGUGGUACCGGAGGGAGAUCCCCAUGCGGAAGUACGGGAUGGAACCCGGGCAAGGGUUCGCGAGGUGCGUGUCGUCGUGCCUCAUCUCCAUGCUGCCGGACGGGUUCUACGACAGGGUGAAGGAAGGCAGCGUCGUCCUCGCCAGGUCCAAAGCAUUCAGCUUCUGCGCCGACGGCCUAGUGCUCCACGGCGGCGGCGAGAAGCAGCGCGUCGUGCCGGCCGACGUGGUGAUCCUGGCCACCGGCUUCCGCGGCGACCAGAAGCUGAGGGACAUGUUCGUGUCACCGCGGAUGAAAGACAUCAUCGCCGGCGCCCCGCUGUACAGGGAGUGCGUGCACCCGCGGGUCGCGCAGAUGGCGGUGCUGGGCUACGCGGAGGGGAUGAACAACAUAUACGCCGCCGAGAUGACCGCCAAGUGGGUGGCGCGGCUGCUGGACGGCGCGUUCCGGCUGCCGGGAGUGCGGCGGAUGGAGGAGAGCUGCGCGGAGUGGGGGAAAUACUACGCGCGGAGGAGCGGGGGCGGCGGGGAGGGGCAGAGCGCGUGGAGGCCGUGCAUCGGCGCCGUGAACCUGUGGUACAACGACGAGCUUUGCCGCGACAUGGGGUGCGAGCACAGAAGGAAGAAGGGGUUCCUCACCGAGUGGUUCCAGCCCUACGGGGCCGUCGACUACGCCGACAUUCAGUACUACGCGCGGAGGAGCGGGGGCAGCAGGGACGGGCAGACCGCGUGGAGGCCGUGCAUCGGCGCCGUGAACCUGUGGUACAACGACGAGCUUUGCCGCGACAUGGGGUGCGAGCCCAGGAGGAAGAAGGGGUUCCUCGCAGAGUGGUUCCAGCCCUACGGGGCCAUCGACUACGCCGACAUCCAGUGAGCUCCACUGAGCGAGAGA